AUGCUGCGCAAAAAGGAGGCCUUUACGGUGGUGACGCCCAUCCCCGGCUUUAUCCCGCGGCAGCUCGCCAUCGACAUCCUUCACUCCCACAGCGAGGUCAUCACGCUCAACCCGCUGGUACUCGAGCACCGGCCCAUCUCGGCGCCGCGCAAUGCCGCCGCCGACGAGUACUACAGCACAUGGUACGAGAUCGUCGAGCGCAUCCAGUAUGUCCCCGGCGUGGGCAAGGCCGGGUCCGGCAAGAUCUCGUUCAACGGCUGCUUCCACGACAUGCCGUGGGGCCUGCAGACGCACAUCUACGCGCCCAUGAACAUCGACCUGCGCCACAAGUAUCGCAUAGGUGGUAACCAGCCCGGCGUCGAGCCGCCCGAGACGCGCGAGAUCGGCCUCGAGGCCUUGGGUGCUCCCGCCGACGGCCUGUACCUGCGCGAAGAUAUCGAGAUCAAGUGCAACAUUGCCAUGGUCAGCUUCGUCAAGUCUCAGCUCAAGUCGGCCAGCAAGGACAUGGUCCAGCGCAUCAUCAAGAAGGCUGAGUUGCUUGACGCCGGCGUCCUGCGGGCCAUGGUCGAGGACGGAAAGCUCAAGACGUACAACCCCAACGACCGCUCGAGGCUGAUUCCCAGCCCCGGCAUACCGCCGGACGCCAGCCCCGGCGCCGGACCGGCCAGUCCUCGCGUCACAUCACAAUACUACCAGCCCGGUCUCCCGUCGCCGACCUCGGGCAGUAUACGCCCCGAAAGCUCCCACCAGCCGUAUCAGCUCCCGCAGAGUCCAUACGCGCAAACCCACGGACCGUAUCAGGCGCCGCCGAUCCCGCCCAAGGAGCAGAUUGUGCCCGUCGAGCUGCCCGGGGAUGCGCAUCACCUGCCGGUCCAAGGCGGUGGGCAGCGCACGUCGUACCCGUACGGUGGCUCUAUCACGUCUUCAGACCCGCGGUGGUCUCAGGGCCAGCCCAGCCCGUCGUUGACGGACCGUCACAGGACGAGCCUCAGCUCCAUGGCCAGCGGUGGGCACCCGUCGCCCGGAUUCCCGCGUCAAGGGUACCCGUCAGAGCUGGCGGCGCAUCACGAGACGCGGGAGGAGCAUGGGCGCCAGUGA